CGUACAAGAUUCGCCGCCCCACUCCCCCCGCGGGUCAUAUGCGAGGCAGAAACACGUAAAUGCUUCUCAUCGAUACACACACGCACACACUGGCGCACAGGAAGGCACACAAAUACACAAGUCAUAUGUUGAUAAGUUGGAGCUGAAGAACAGCAAUAGCAACAGCAACAACAAGAGCAACAAAAACAAUGCGCAGUCUUCAUCGCAUGUGAAUCAUUUCCAUCCAGCCAUCCAGCAACCCAGCCACACACUCAGCCAAUCAGUUAAAGUCAAAGUCACAGCAGCAGCAGUCGUCAUGUCCCAGGCUUUGAACAAUCCCGCUGGAGGCGGAGGUCCGCGGCGCGACUAUGGGGCCACGGCGGAGGGCACCACCCCAGAGGUGAGCUUUGCAUCGGCAGGCGGUUCCUCGGGCUUCAGCCCCACAGAGUUUAUGACCCUCAGCGAGGAUAUAGGACACAACAUCACCGCAGUUCACAGCAGCAGCAAGCAGCUCGAGAAGCAACUGAAGCUGAUCAACACGCCCCGUGAGCAACCGGCGCUGCGCGAAAAGGUGCACUCGAUCAACAAGAAGACCAAUGCCCGGAUUCAGACCACCAGUCAGGACCUGCAGCGACUACAGGCUGUCGUCCGGCACGGCGAUAAGCAGCAGAGGCUGCAGUUAGAGAAGCUGACUCAAGAGUUCCAGAGCGUGGUCGAAAAGUAUUCCAGCCAACAGAAGCGCAUAUCCACCGCCAUGCGUCAGACUCUUCGCCAAGCCCAGGAAUCCGAGCACGAAAACGAAGCAUUGGCCCGCGAGGAGCUGCUCCAACAGCAGCGUUUGGAGCAAGCCGGACUGCAGCAGGAGCACGACUUGCUGGUGGAACGGCAGCGCCAGGUCGAACAAAUCGAGUCGGAUAUCAUCGAUGUGAACCAGAUAAUGACUCAGUUGAGUGGGCUGGUGCAUGAGCAGGGCGAACAAUUGGACUUGAUCGAGAAUACCAUAGAGAGGACGGCCACCAAUGUGGAGGAGGGAGCCUCGGAAUUGGCCAAGGCGGCCAGGAGUCGCCAGAGUUACAGGUGCAAGAUCCUGAUACUUCUGGUGAUUGCUGUGAUAAUAGGAUUAGUUGUAACUGGCAUUAUUGUUGCCAAACUGAACAGUUAAUUGUUUUAUUUAUAUAUGUAUACAUACCACUCGGAAACAUACACCCCCUCAUACACACACAUGCAUACAUUUUUGUAAAACAAUUUUUAUAAGAACAAAAAAUUCAAUCGUUGAAUAACUCUGUUUAAUCACCAAGUGAGCAAAGACAACAAGUAGUAGUGAAAAAGCUAAAUAAACUAACAGAAAAUAAAAUAUUUAUAAAUAUAUAUACACAUAUACAUACGUACAUAAAUAAGGAUAUACUGAAUCCCAAUUAACUUGCAUAUAAACAAAUAUUCUGCGCUUUUAAAUGUUAAUUAUUUCUUGUUAAAACGAUUAUCGCGAACAAUAUGAGUUUUGCAUUGAAUGUGAACUUUUCUGUGUUUAGUUUAAACUUUAAAGCAAGCGAUUAAGCAAACAAUAUACGUUAAAAAUUCAAGUUACCAUUAAGUGAGCCAGCAAUCGAAAAUAAAGAUAAAUAAAAUAAAA